ACUCGGAUUAUUUAUUGUUUCUAUGGUGAUUUCCUGCAUGGCUUCCGCAUAACAACUGUAUUUGCUGUCAGUAAUACACAUAAGGACAUUUAAAGGAAAAAGGGGAAAAUGGCAGCCGUUGGACAAAAUCCAUUUCACUGUACAGCAGCGGGAGAACUUGGAGCUCACCGCGAAACAAUGUUAAACAACGAAUUGCUUCUCAGAACAGAGUUAGGAAAGCCAAAGAGACGAGGAUAUGGUACUUUAGGGGAAGAUUUUAUUUUUGGUCGCCCAAAUGAAGCAAGACAUGGUGGUGCAGAUGAUGCCUUGCAUGGUUGGCCAAAGAACCUUUCCACAACAACAUUACCCUUUGCAAGAAAGGACAAAAAAGCAGAAAGAGAUUUUAUGGCUCUCAACAAAGCAGCAGUACAAAAUGGACUAGUCACAGCUGGAGAAAAUUAUGAAUUUAGAGCAACUCAUGAUGUUCGUCGUAAAACAGCUGGGUCAGAAAAUACUAGGCUCAGAACAAGAAGAAUACCACCCACAAUGGUAUUUGGAAUAUCUACGAGGCCAUCCACUCCAAUUUUCGAUUUAUUAGAGCAUAAAUACCAGGAUAAAUGGUUACAGCAAAGGAGGCAACAGGAAUUGGCAAAAAGGAAAGAGGAAACUCAGAAUCCAAUAAUGCCUGAACCAAGACUAUCACAAUCAGCAGGGCCAUACCCAGUUCAAAAAAGAAACCCCAGUAAAGUUUAUGAGACAAGAGCCUCACUUCUGAGAACGUAUCAGAAUCCAGUAGAGCCUGCCCCUCUCUGGCAAAUGUCAAAGUUCAAGAAUGCCGCCCGUCCAUCAUUGGAAACAUUCCGUACUCCAAAAGCCAGGGAACUAGCAUACAAUAAUUUUGAGUCAGAUCAAAUCUCAAGGAAAGGAAAACUUGGCCAUGGUGUCUAUGAACCUGCAGUUAAUUAAGUUCACAUUAAGACUCUUCAAAUUUCAUUUUAAAAAAUCAGAUUCUUGAAACUGCAAUCUUGAAGUUGACCAGUUUGUUAAUGAAGUAUUAAUCAGUCUGCUUGCCAGUAGAAAAUUUGCAUGCAUUAGGUUUUGAUACAUUUUAAUUUAUACAAUACAUAGUUUUUAAUAGACAAUUUCUUAUGAUACUGUUACGAAAUUUGUAACCUUGUUAUUUUUAAUUGCAUGCGUAAAAUUUUGAAAUUUUAACCAAUGAAUAAUAUUGACCAAUCUUUAACUAACGUACUUAUAGUACAAAACAGUCACAUAAGACUACGAUUUAAGUUUUAUUGUUAAAAAUAUAUAAUGCAUCAUGUUUGCCCCCUUGUCAUCGUGUGCUUAAUAUCUGUCUAUGGCGUGUCUGUGAUACUGAAAAUAUCGAGUUUUUCAUUAGAAAAUGUUUAUGUUAUUCCAAUGGUCUGUUCAGCAAUACAUCACCCUUAAUGAAAAAAAAAAUCAUGCACCAAAUCUCUGUUCCUUUACAAUAUAUCAUGACAAACGUGAUAUUAUGAAAACCAUUAUGAAGCUUUUGUUUUAUCAUUGGAUUUAAAAAAAAAAAUCACACUAUCAUUCCUACAUGAAAAACUCCACAAUGUUGUGUUUGUAUUUAUGAAUAAAACCGAUGAGAAAAAUA